GUAAGACGACCGCCAACAAGUUUAUAUUACACGAGUGCAGUUAAACAGUCAGUUCCUGAAAAAGCAACAGUGGAAAUAGGCAAUGAUGAAAAACAUACUAGAAUCAGGCCAAUGGUGUUGAUUAUUACUCUAAGUCUAAGUGUCAACGUCAGUAUGGUGACGAUAUUCUGUUCCCUUAUCAUUAUUAAGAGGAGGCAGUCAAUAAGACACGUUGAUGAUAUUCCUUCAGCAAGCACUAAUGAGGCUAAUAUCAGUGCAGUUCCUCAGGAAAACCACAAUCCGAUACCUGACAAUAGACACAUUAACAAAGAUGUGCCUAUGUUUUUAGGUGGUAUACCAGCGUCGAAGGAAGUUAUAUCGAAGUCAAAACCACCCCCAUCGCGUGAACCAUUUUGGCUUCAAAUGAACGCAAUGGUCGGGUCAGAAGGGGGGAUUGUCUGUGACAGUAGAUCUAGCGUAAGCCUGAUCAUUCCACCUGGCGCCAUUCCAGAACACCACGGGAAGCAGGAAAUCAUUGUCCGUGUGUCUCUUAAACCAUCAAUGUUUGGGCUUAACAAGGAAACUGACCGUCAUCUGCUAUCACCAGUUGUUGAAUGUCUGUCGCCUGGUCUAAAUGGAUUUGAUUCUUGUGUGACACUGGUUGUACCACACCGUGCUGAACUCGAUCCAGACUGGAAAUUCCAGGUUCUUCAUUCCGAAGAUAAAUACCCUGUGUCAAAGUCUGGGUGGACUGUGACAGAUUAUAGACCAACUCAAACAAACGGUGUCCAGUUUGAGGUUGAUGAACGUUUCUUUAGGAUCAAAACAACUCAUUUCACCACAUACGCGUGUACCGGUUGUCAUAGAAAGGCACCUUUAUGUUUUGAGGUCGUCGUGUAUGGCGGUUAUAGUGAUUUUGGGAACAGGCAAAGGGUGGACCUACGGUGUUAUGUGGGUGACCGCAUAAAGGACUAUCAUCAGCAGAUCAGACAGCACGAAUCGAACGACCCUCUUUGUAUACCUCGACCAAUUGUUGUUGAUAAAAAGACGAAACAGAUUAAGAUCACAUUGCCUGAAGAAGAAUUUGGACCAGAUUGGCAAUGGACUUCUGAAACGUUUAACGGUUCUCUUCCAUGUAUAAGGAACGUCGACGUGAAUCAUGCAAUCAGGUGCUGUUUGAACGCAAUGUCGCAUCACGAGAAUUUUACAUUGAAACCGAAACAGACGCACACACGACUCGAAUUCUUAGAAGCGACUAUGAAAGUGAUCACAAAUGGUGAACAAGCAGUUGUUGGUCCUAUAAGGAUGGACACGACGACGGUACAGAAUAUUUCACCAAGACAUCAAAGUACAGAUAUUGUGAGUACUGAAAGGUUGGAAGCAGUUUCUGAGGAAAUUCCAAAUAACGAAUGGAAACGAGUCUACCGCACGCUGCACGCUUUGUCGAAUUUUGCAGGGAGUUCGGAGACCGACAUUAGUAAUAUCGAGCAUGGACACCAGGGCCAGAUAAGAGAAAUGAAGUACCAGAUUCUUUUGCUGUGGAAGAGCAAGGCCGGUAGAAAAGCAACCACACAAAUCCUUAUUCAAGCCCUCAGAUGCUGCGAGCUUAACCUAAUUGUGUAUAAUCAUUUUCAAGUUGAGACUCCUGAUUGUAAUUGAUAUAAUAUGGUAACCCCUAGUUAUUACAGGGGAAGAUUUAUAGGGGGACCAGCCCCCACCUCUUUUUGGAAAGUUUGAAAAAAAAGAAGAAGGAAAAAGCAAUAAUUGGUAGCCCAAAACGCCUCAGAGGUUAUUUUCGGGCGUCUAAAACAAGAAUUUCUCUGGGGAAAGCCCCUUUCAGACAUCUCUGGAUCCGCUCCUGUAUUGUCACAAAUAUAAUAUGGUCAUACUCUUACAGUCGAGGGAUUCUACUGUGCUCAGAAAGUAGGCCUGUAUAGUAAAUGUAGAGUCUACUAUACAGGCCCAUAUAUUUCGCCUAGACCUAUUAUUUCACCAAUCAUGUCUUGUUAUGAAGUUAUGUUGCUUUCAAUCGGAUUCGAAUUCCCAAUGACGGCGCAGCGGAAACGUUGGUUAAGGCCUACAUAGCUAUAGAGCAUAAAGCAGUCUGUUCAAAACACUUACAGAUGCAGUAAUAUGUAUAUGAUGAAUGACGUAAUAAAGAGGCCUGAGACCCCGCUGAGUCUUCUUCGGGUGUUGUUUCCGACCAGGUAAAUCGUGUUUAUUUAUUUAGGUUAGGUUAGGAGAGGGUUAUUCGAGGAGCUGAGCGUCUUUUGUUGUUAUAAAAUACCCAGCACUCUCGAUUGUUGACUGACAUUUUGAGGAGGCAAGUUAAUCUACCAAUCAUAACAUAUUUUAAUUGAAGUUUUUUGUAAUUUCUGUUAUCUCGUAUGUGUUUUAUGUUUUUUUUAAAUAGAUGUUUUAUUUUGAUCGUUUUUAGUUUAAGAUCAUCCAUAGCGUUGAAAUAUAAUAUAAUAAAUAUGCUAAACAGCAUUAUUAUUGCAAUAAUAUAUUAAUAAUUAUAACUUGUAUAAUUUUAAUUAAGGGGUUAUUUUUGAUGUUUAUA